CGUCCAGGACGACACCUCGGUGGUUAAUAAAUAUUCUCUUUUGAUCUAAGGAAAUGAAAAGAAAAGUUGUGGCUCCCUCUAUGGUCUCAGUCUGUACGGCGAUUGUUUCUUUCUCCAACCUAACCCACCAUUUGUUGUGGCGAUAAACAAACUCCGUGAUCAUCUGUCGGAGGUAGGAUUCUUUGUCAGGUUCAACGCAAGUGGGAGUUUCCCAGUUCCACUACCGUCUCUGCCUUCAUGAAACAGCCACUGCUUGAACCAGAGAAGGACAUGGAAGAGGUACCGCCAGGGCCAUCUGCUUCAUUGAUGGACAAGAUUGUCAUGUAUAGGACCAUGGCUUGGGAAACAUAUAAAACGCAGCCAGUUUCAUAUUGGGUUCUGCUACUACUGAGCAGUGCAGCAAUGCUUGUUGCUUUCCCUGCCUCUUCCCUCCUGUCUCGUGUCUAUUAUUCUGAUGGGGGAAACAGCAAAUGGAUUAUUUCAUGGGUGGCUGUUGCCGGGUGGCCUCUGACUGCUCUAGUCCUGGUUCCAACAUACUUCUUUCUUGGAGUUUCUCCCACUACACCGACAAUUAAACUCACCCUUUCGUAUGGCCUACUGGGUUUCUUAAGUGCUGCGGAUAACCUGAUGUAUGCAUACGCAUAUGCUUACCUCCCAGCAUCAACAGCUUCUCUUUUGGCAUCAUCAUCCCUAGUGUUUUCUGCCCUAUUUGGAUAUCUUAUUGUGAAGAACAAAAUCAAUGCUUGGACAAUCAACUCUCUUGUGAUCAUUACUGCUGCUAUGGCCAUCAUUGCUUUGGAUUCCGAUUCAGACAGAUACGGGAAUGUCACUGACAGCCAAUACAUCCUGGGCUUUGUGUGGGAUAUCUUGGGCUCUGCUCUCCAUGGCCUCAUUUUUGCGCUUUCAGAGCUUGUCUUUGUGAAAUUACUGGGAAGACGAUCCUUCCACGUCGUGUUGGAGCAACAAGUGAUGGUCUCUUUCUUUGGCUUCAUCUUUACUACGAUUGGGCUCAUCGUGAGUAACGAUUUCCAGGCUAUGAGUUCCGAGGCUAGAAAUUUCAAGGGCGGUAAAGUUUCGUAUUACAAUGUUCUCAUCUGGGGUGUCAUUACCUUUCAGUUGGGGAUCCUGGGAGGCACUGCUGUACUCUUCUUGUCCUCAACUGUGCUAGCUGGUGUCCUCAAUGCAGUGAGGGUGCCGAUCACAAGCGUUGCUGCAGUUAUAUUGUUGCAUGAUCCUAUGAGUGGCUUCAAAAUCCUGUCUCUGAUCGUUACAUUUUGGGGGUUCAGCUGCUACAUUUACGGUAAUUAUUCUGACUAAAGACUCUUUGUCUCGGACUCUGCCCUGAUCCUCACAAAGUGGGGAGCCUCGUCUAUUAGAGAGUGCAGACUAUAUUAUAAGCUGUUUGCAAGUGUUCGCUUUUUUCUUUUUUCAAAUUUUGUAAGUAUGAAAUGUUAGUCAAUCGUAUGCCUAGUGCCCAGUUAACACAACUUGGUCCCCAGUGUUCAUUCGUGAAGGCAGUGCAAAAUAAGAUCAGGUAAUAUUUUGUUUGUUCA